AAAACCUAAACCAAAAUGUGUCCAAUCGGAAUUGAUGUUGUUCAACUCUAUGCGCAUGCUCAUAAAACACGAACGUUCACGCGUUCCUACGUCGGCUCCGGUGGAGGUCACAGUGAACCAUUAGAAGUCUGGAAUUGUCACACUGUUGCCAUGGCAAAGCUGUUCGAGUCCAUUGGAAAGUUGGGAUUGGCCUUGGCCAUUGGAGGAGGUGUGGUAAAUUCUGCCCUGUAUAAUGUGGAUGCUGGCCACAGGGCAGUCAUCUUUGACCGAUUUAGAGGAGUCCAGGAUGCAGUAGUUGGGGAAGGAACCCACUUCCUGAUUCCCUGGGUACAGAAACCAAUCAUUUUCGACUGUCGGUCCCGCCCCCGCAAUGUGCCUGUUGUCACUGGAAGCAAAGACCUGCAGAAUGUGAACAUCACACUGAGAAUUCUGUUCAGGCCAGUUGCCACCCAGCUGCCAAGGAUCUUCACCAGUAUUGGUGAAGACUAUGAUGAGAGAGUGCUUCCCUCCAUCACCACUGAAGUGCUUAAGGCUGUUGUUGCCAGGUUUGAUGCGGGAGAGCUGAUCACUCAGAGAGAGCUGGUGUCCAGGCAGGUCAGUGAAGAUCUGACUGAGAGAGCAUCCACCUUUGGCCUUAUCCUCGAUGAUGUCUCCCUGACGCACCUAACGUUUGGUAAAGAGUUUACGGAAGCUGUUGAGAUGAAGCAGGUGGCACAGCAGGAAGCUGAAAGAGCAAGGUUCAUCGUAGAGAAGGCAGAGCAGCAGAAGCAGGCAGCAAUCAUCUCUGCAGCGGGGGAUUCACAGGCAGCUCUGCUGAUCGCCAACUCCCUGGCUGAGGCAGGUGACGGCCUUGUGGAACUGAGGAAACUGGAAGCGGCCGAGGACAUUGCCUUCCAGCUCAGCCGCUCCCGCAAUGUCACAUACCUGCCCUCGGGGCAGGGCACUCUACUGCAGCUGCCCCAAUGAGACACGCACACCACACCACACCAUACCACACCCAUGCGCACACACACACACACACACACGCUUCAAUCCAUAAGAAUGGGUGACUUGGAACCAGACCUGCAUCUGAAGAACUGACAUGCAACUUGCCUAGAGGGAGCUCAUUGUCUGUCCUGCUCCCUCUCCUGCCUGAAAUUAAGAAGUCCCUCUGAGAUUUUCACCAGUGGGACAUUAUCCGGGGGGAAUCCAGCUGCACAGUAGUGUGUGUGUGUGUGUCUCUUUAGAUGCGGGGGUUUGUGUUUCUUAGUGAAAUGAAACUUGUUUAAAGGAUUAUGUAAAAUGGCUAAAGCGGUAGAGUGAUUGAAACGGUGUACCCCAAAUCAACCUUUUUGUUUACCAACUAAAAAUGGAAAUUACACUAAAGUGAACUCCAGUUAAAAGUGUGUAAUCAAGCUCGGUCCUGAUCAGUGGACCUGUUCGAGACCCAUGUGAGGCAGUUGGUCACCAGGGAGGUCAGACUCUGCCCCUAUUAGCCUGAAUGUGUUGGCUUUGUUUGUAUUGUUUUUCCUCUUGUAUGGCAGAAAGAAGUGUAUGGAAUGUCCUUGCAUUCCACAAGACACAAAUGACAACAAAUAAAAAUAAUAAUAAAUUUGAAUUUAUUAGACCUCAA